CCUGUCUGUACGCUUCCCAGAUCCCCUUUCCUGUUGGAUGUAAAUACGAUCAGCUCAGUGCAUGUUCCGUUACUGAUAAAAAUACAAACAUGAAGAAAUUUUUUGAAGAUAUUAAGAAAGAUAUCAAAUUCAAGUCGGCAGGACCUGGAAAGAAACUAAAUGAAGACAGUAGCAGCUCUAACCCGCCGGUGGUGCAGAGCAGUGCCCCUGCCAAGCCCCGCCAUGCAGUUACAGAGGGAGCCCAGAGAGCAGGGGCUGCAGCCCUGGCUAGGAUAGAGCAGCAGCAACAGUACCGGCCUCGGCUUCAGACCUCGCAGGAUGCUAUUCGCAAUCAAGUGAAGAAGGAACUCGAAGCAGAAGCUGCAGUAGUAGCAGGCGAAAAACCCUCAACAGAUAUUGAGGGCACCAACAUUCCAGUGAAGGAUACAGAAUGUCUUUCUGUGUCGGGGGUGUAUUUUAAAUGCCCUCUUACCGAUGGGGUCUUUAAAAAGAAUGAGAGGGAGCCUCGUAUUAAAGAAGCUAUUCUCAUGCAUUUUGCAAAUGACCCUGUGCAAGCCUCUAUCAUGAUGAUUCAUACUUUCAACAAGGACAGAGAGAAAGUGAAGGCUGCUGUGGAAAUCAUCUGCAGGUAUCUGGACAACAUUUGUAAGAACCCAGAAGAGGAGAAGUUUAGGAAGAUCAAAGUCAGCAACAAGAUCUUCCAGGAGAAGGUCAGUUGUAUGGAGGGAUGUCAGGAGUUCCUACAGGCUGCAGGAUUUGAAUUUAAAAAUUUACCCUUGGAGGGAAAAGAGGGCACAGAGGAGUUCCUGGUGCUAGUGGAGCAAACUUCCAGCGAACUGGAGAAACUCACACAGACGAAGGACCAGCUUCAGAAAGGGGAGCCGCUGCGAGCUCAGCUGGAGCGCCAGCCGCAGGCCUUCCGGCCCUCCCCAAACGCCACGCGCUUCGAGCUGCCCAUGGACUUCUACAAUCUGACCGCUGAGGAGCUGAAGAGGGAACAGCAGCUCAGGAUGGAGACAGCGGAGAGGAACGCGAUGCUCCGGACGAAGGCCAUGCGGGAACGUGAUGAGCAGAGGGAGAGAAGGAAGUACAACUACACCCUACUAAGAGUGCGCUUUCCAGAUGGAAACAUCCUGCAAGGAACCUUCCUGGCUAGGGAGCCAGUGGCAGCCCUUUAUGAGUUUGUGCGAGAGUCACUUGUGGAUGGAUGGCAGCCCUUUGAACUGAUGGCCCCCGGGGGGCAGAAGCUGAAGGAUGACGAGACAUUACUAAACGAAUGUAAUCUGGUCCCAGCAGCUCUCCUGACGUUCUCCUGGGAUACUGCUGUCCAAGCAGAUAUCGCUGCAGCUGGAGGACAUUGCACCUCUCUGCUUAAACCCGAACUACUCGAGAACAUCAGGACCCUGGUCUAAGAGGCAAUACCCAUACGCCAGCCCCCCCCCCCUUUGUCUCCUGGGACUACUUCGCUUCCUACCACGUUUUAAACGGUCACAAUUUUAGCACCGGAUUUAUUAGUCUAGUGAAUAAAUCGAGAGGUGUGUCCAGUUUUGUUUUUCGGUUACACCUGUAUACCCACCAUUGUCUUAAUGAAAGAGCCAGUUUAGUGGUUCAGACCCAGAUGUGUGGGAUUCAAGUCAACACUAAUGAAAUAAAGCAUCAGUAGUCAGCAGUCUGCUGAUGUAGUAUUGCAGUAUUGUAGUUUUACUCCUGGAAGGACUGCGAUGGACAUGGUCCUGCAGGUGCCGUCCUGCCACUAUAGCUAAGCAAUCUUAUCUACGCGAUGACAUCACAGGAUAUGAUUUUUCAAAAAGUAAAAUGUCAGCUGACUCACAUCUGUUCAUUGCCAUUCCUUCCAGGAUUGGCCAUGUUCGAAAUCCAAUCGAGUCUUGGUACAUGGCUAUUUAGGCUCUGCCUUGUACCGUUUAGCACCCUUUACGUAGUACUGCUGUGCAAAACUCCACAGAACCACCAGAAAGGCAAAUCUGCAAUCAUAAUGCCGACUAAAAUCUGAACGCUUACCUGAAAAACAGCUGCAUGACGUCGGACGUUAAACUUGCUGGUUAAUUACAAAAGAUCCGUAUUGCUCUAAUUAUAACAUCACACAGCAAACUCACGAAGAACUGCAGAAACAUAAAAGCAAACAUUUUUGUUCAACAGAAUCUGACCAUCACUUGAAUCUUGUAGGGUCAGAUCCCUCUAAAAUGAAGCAGUUCAUUCAAGUUCAAAUGCUUAGACUGAAUGGUGACUUAACUGAGCGCACCUGAAAUUCAAAGCAUACUGACCAUGACUACGCCCAUUGAGUAAUGGGAUGUAGCAGCUACUAAUGGUGAGAAGCUAUAGAUAAUCUUGGGUUUUUGUGUUUAUACUUUGUUCUGCUCCUGGUCCCAUUAUAAACAUUUAAAACUGUUGUUUUCUUGUUUAUGCUCCAGUUACAUAACUUUGUUUCAACACAAUACUAAAUUAUCUCUGCUAGCCCAGAAUGCACUUUAUCUCACUCUGGUAACUUACAAAUGUACUUAUUUGCUUUUAUUGUGUUUAAAAACUAUGUAUAUAUAUUUGACAUGCCUGAGGUUUGUAUGGUGGUUUUAAACUGUCAAGGUGACCUUUAUAACAGAUUUGAGUGUUUAUGAUCUUAUCUGAAUAAAUCAAAAUGUACAGCAA